GUCAAAAAAGUUCCCCCCAAAAACUCUAAAAUAUUUCAAAAACUCCCACCAAACUUCCAAAUUUAAAACGCUCAUCCCAUUCACUUUCAACCAGAUUUAGUUUAUUCGUCUCCUUCCACACACACACUCUCUCUCUCUCUCCGUCUCAGAUCUAUAAAGUGGGCAGCAUCAACAGCGAGCGAACAUGGCAGGCAAGGGAGGUAAAGGUCUCAUCGCUACCAAGACCAUGGCCGGUAACAAGGACAAAGACAAGGACAACAAGAAGAAACCCAUCACUCGCUCUGCUCGUGCUGGUAUUCAGUUUCCGGUGGGUCGUAUCCAUAGGCAACUCAAGACGAGAGUUUCAGCACACGGAAGGGUUGGUGCCACUGCCGCUGUCUACACGGCUUCGAUUCUGGAGUACCUGACUGCGGAGGUUCUUGAGUUGGCUGGAAACGCGAGCAAAGAUCUGAAAGUGAAGAGGAUCACUCCAAGGCAUUUGCAGCUGGCUAUCAGAGGAGACGAGGAGCUCGACACCCUCAUCAAGGGAACCAUUGCUGGAGGAGGUGUGAUCCCUCACAUCCACAAGUCUCUCAUCAACAAAACCAUCAAGGAGUGAUUUGUUUUCAUAGGCACUGUGGGUUAUGUGAUAUGCUAAUUUAGUAGCUUAUGGGUGUUUGUGUUUGUUUAGUCUUGGACUGCUUAUCUUUUUCUUUAGUUUCCUUUGUUAGUGUGUUGUGCUCUUUUGAACAUCAUCAGGUGUACAUUAGUUAAUCUGAACUCUUAGGUUUCUCGUUUGA